AUGGGUGAUCCGCGAUACCAGGACUGCCUUGCUAGAGAAGUAACGUCGGAUGAACCGGCUGAUCAGCCGGGAUUUGUACCCGAUCUAAUCAAUCUAGGAGAACCCAUAAAACAUGUUACCGCCGGCGGUUAUUGCCUCACGGCACUCACUCAGAGCGGAAGUAUUUACAUCUGGGGUCGAAGAUGUACAGGACAAAGACAAAGCGGCCAUUCGGCGUUUGCGGAAUUAUGUGGCAUACCCAACUACCUCGGCGUAGAUGGCGACAAAGAUGUACAGGAUGUGGCCUUGGGGGAUAGUCACGCUAUAGCGCUGACGACUGAUGGCACUGUUUAUGUGAUUGGUCGUAAUGAUAAUGGUCAACUUGGCUUGAGACAAGGUGUGGACAUGGCCGCAAAAACAUGGACAAAGGUAAAGCUGGGUGUUCCAGAUGGUUGUCAAGUCGUAGGAGUAGCUGCUGGACCAAAAUCGUCAUUUAUUUUGACAGCACAGAAGACAGGUGUAACCUAA